AUGGGUAACUUUAGAUUUCCAAUAAAGACUAAACUCCCCCCUGGGUUCAUAAAUGCACGUGUGCUUAGGGAUAACUUCAAAAGACAACAAUUUAAAGAAAAUGAAAUCCUUAUUAAAUCCUUGAAAUUCAUCGCUAGAAAUUUAAAUCUUCCAACAAAAUUGAGGCUAGAGGCCCAGUUAAAGCUGAAUACGCUACCCAACUACAUGAGAUCCACACAGAUUAAAAACAGGUGUGUAGACUCUGGUCACGCGAGAUUUGUUCUAAGUGAUUUUAGAUUAUGUAGAUACCAGUUUAGAGAAAAUGCCCUGAAGGGGAAUUUGCCUGGAGUUAAAAAGGGUAUAUGGUAG